UCCUGGGCGCUGUCAGCUGUCUCCAGAGGCAGGACCCCCGGGGGCGGGGAAAUUGAGGCGGGGACUCACUCUGCGGCCCCCCUCCCCGGGCUGGGGGGCCCGGGUGUCUCCAGGGACGCGGGCUGGGCGCUCCCACGCCCCGCUGAGGCAGGACGUUCCCACGCAGGGGUUGGCCUUGGGAAAGGCUGUAGGGCGGGCCUGGGGGCGGGCGCCCGCGCUCUGGUCCCUCUGCCGCCCAUUCUCCGUUACUUGUUGGGCUGACCUAGCUCGCUGCGCUGAGCAGGGAGGUGAGUGAGUGGGUGGGAGAGCCUGGCUGCCCAAGGCUGGCGGGUGAGGGAUGCGGCGGCUUGGACCCCUGCUUUCGCCACCGAUGUUCUUCAGAGCUGUCUGGAGCUUGGUGCUGAGGAAAGGAGGACCCAGGAUGCGGCAGAUGCACAGCCCGGGAAGCGCUGCCCACAGCAAGGAGAAGAUGCCCCCCUACACUAACUACCAUGCCCAGCGCUCCUACCCCAUGCCCGAUGAGCCCUUCUGCACAGAGCUCAACGCUGAGCAGCGGGCCCUGAAGGAGAAAGAGAAGGGCAGCUGGACCCAGCUGACCCAUGACGAGAAGGUGGCCUUGUACCGGCUCCAAUUCCAUGAGACCUUCGCGGAGAUGAACCGUCGCUCCAAUGAGUGGAAGACAGUGAUGGGCUGUGUCUUCUUCUUUUUUGGAUUCACAGCUCUGAUGAUUUGGUGGCAGCGGAUCUAUGGUGGCUGCCCCAGCUCCAGCCAUUAAAGCCUACAUUCCACCCAAGAAGAGAGAAGAGAGACCUCUUUAAGGUCCAGAAGUUGCGCACGCCACUUCUGCUCACCACCCGUUGGCUAGAAGCGAUCACAUGACUGGGUCUAGCCACAAGGGAAGCUGGGAAAUGUAGUUUUCAGCGAGGCCGUCACAUGCCCAGCUGUCUAUUACUACUGAAGAGUAAUUCUCAGAGUGUGAGACCCUGGACCAACACCAUCACUUGGGAACUUUUAGAAAUGCACAUUCUCAGCCCCAGUCUGGAUCUACCAAGUCAGACACUUUGAGGGUGGAGCCCAGCAAUCUGUGUUUUAACAAGCUCUCCAGAGUGAUUCUGCUGCCCACUCGGGCUGGAGAGGCACUACUCUGGAAGAAGGGAGGGGAUGUUGGGGAAGAGCUGGCAGUCUCUGUGCCAGCUGACCUCACCUCUGAUGGCCUCACCUUCUUUCUUCUUCUGCGAGAGUGUGAUGUGAAUUCCCGCUUUGCUUGAGGAUGAAAUGAGAGAGCCUUUGGGAAAAAAUUUAUCCUAGCCCAGUGUUUGGGGCUAAUAGGGGCCCAUAAAGAUAUUUUCCUUCCUUACCACACACUGGGAUAGAAAGUACCAGUGACUCAGGCAGGCCGGGUCAGCCUCAGGGACAAAUGGACCAGGAAGUAAGGUAUGAGCUGUGUAGGGAGCUCUGCCCCCAGACCUUCCCUGAUGCACACCUCGAGGCAUCUAAAAUGCCCUUGUCCCCACCCGUGCCUUCCCCGCAGUGUUCCCUAAGAAGCCCGUCACCCUGACGGAUGAGUGGAAGGCCCAGCAGCUCCAGCGCAUCCUGGACAUGAAGGGCAACCCCGUGCAAGGGCUAGCCUCCCGGUGGGACUAUGAGAAGAAGGAGUGGAAGAAGUGACAUGGCAUCCUGGCUGCUGUCCCUGCAGCUCCACCCUGGCCCAGGGCCUGUGGACGGCCCUUUCCUCCUCUUAAUCCCAAUAAAGCUGGCCUGUUCUCUUCUGCCUUCAA